UAGUGCAUGCACUGCCAGGGGCAGACUGACCAUUUGGAAACUUGGGCACUGCCCAAGGGCCCGGGGUCAGUAGGGGGCCCCAUGAGAUGCCCUUGGUACCUUUUUCAUAGGCUUUUUUGAGUUUGGGCAAGGACACGGGGGCCCCAAGAUCCCCUAUUGCCCUGGGGCUCCAUGAGUUGUCAGUCCGCCUCUGUGCACUACUUUCAAAAUAGAUGCUCCUGGUACCUUUUUCAUAGGCUUUUUUGAAUUUGGGCAAAGGAGUUGUCAGUC